CUACAGCUCAGCAGCAGAAAUAUAAACAACUGCUGUUUUGAAUGCUUAUGAGAAAGUGGAUCCAUGACUAAAGUUUGAUUAUGGAGUCAAAUUAGAUAGGAAUCAGGAUGCAGUGUGGCUUCACUUCCCAACACUUCAUCAUCUGUGUUCCCACGUUCCUCUGUCUCCUAAAUGAGUUUAAACACUGGAAUGAUGGACUGGUGUUAAUUAGAAAACAAGGUGCAGCUGUGAGGUCAAAGGAGAAGGCAGGCUGAGGGAGAGAAAUAACACAAAGGAGUAAGAAGAAGCAGUAACAGGGAAGCUGGGGAAGCAACACAAGGACCAGACUGACCUAAAGUAAAACAGAAACAAGGCUGAAAACAGAGGAGAACAAAGGCAACCCACAGAUAACAAAUGAAUUAAACUACAAACCUAGAAAAAAAAACUAAAAAAGCCGAAGAUCCUGGCAGUCUUUGUGUGCAGGUCUUGACUAAAACCUUUCUGUUGUCGUUAUUAAUUGUUUCUUGGUUAUUUGUUGGAUCGGAACCAACACCGGCUGUUCAUCCAGCUGAGUUCAGAGACACUGCUUUGAAUCCAUUAACUAAAGCGUUCUCAGAACUCUGCUGGACCAGAUGCAUGACGUGUAAAAAAAAUACUAACAAACAAACACAAAAAAAAAAACAGGUUAGUUUUGGUUUCAUGCUAUUUGGAUAAAAGACAUCACCUUUUUGGUAGAAGCACAGACACGGCUUUGUUCUCACUGCAAAUCUCAUUUGCGUGAUCACUCAUCCCUCUUCAAAUGGGUUUCCAUCCCAUUUGUUCCAAAGAAAGCCUCAGGAAAUUGACGUAGAUCUGUGCUUUUAAGAAGUAUUACAGCAGUUUGCAUUUUAAACCCAUAAAAACCAUGGAUUGGAAAUCGUACAUUUAAACUUUGCAUUGAAGUUUUUCUUUCUGAGUUUUGGAUUUCUCAAAGGUUGUAGUGAACUGAUGAUUCUGUCUUCAGAGCUGCACAUGUGGUGGCAAAUGUUUCAAACACCAAGUCAGUUAUUGUGAACCAGACAGGAAGUGAACAUAAAGUUAAAAGUUAAAACCUCAAACCUUUUAGCAUCUUCACAAGACCAUGAUUUAGUUUUGUUAAAUAGACCAACAAAUAGUUGCUCAAAAUAAUGAGGUUAAAUAAAUGUGCAAAGCUGUCAAAAUUCUGGUAUCUGAUAGUCUUUGAUGCAAACAAUUAUCUUUACACACACAUUUUUCUUUAUUGCAAUGAUUCAGAACAGACACAUAUCUGUCUGGAAGCUUCCUGUUUUUCUCUGGAGUCUCAUUUACAUGUUAUUUUUAACUGGUUUAAAGUGAAGGUUGGUCUCCUGCUGUCACAUCAGUUGUAUCUUCAUGUUCCACCUGGUCAUGAAGCAGACGCAUUACUGCAGAAUGAGGCGUUGGACUCUCUGCUGGCUGAUCUUGUCUUUCAUGUUUCAUCACAAUGUGGAAACAAAUGGCAGUGCAGCCAAAAAACAUUCCCUAUCUCCAGGUUGUUGUAAAGCAUUAGACUAUUUAAACUGCAAACAGCCUUCUGAUCCAGAACAGAACGAUGCUGAUCAUGCAAGCUGCUGCAUGGAAACCUUCAUGUUACUACUGCAUAAUGUUCCCCAUAACGACACUGUCAAAGCCCUUGGAGUCCUACAGGAAGCUCUGGAGAAAACUGAGUUCACUAAUAAUUCAGCAGCCUUAUACCAGGACAACAUGGUGGCUUUACUGCACAGACCCACUGGUGACUUUAAAGGUCUUCACAUUUCAGCCAGUGACAAACAGGUAAUGAUAGAUUCAGAUGUUUCAAACAGCAAAUUGAGAGUUCACCUUCCAAGUGAGCUCAAUGCUGGCCAGAACAAUACUAUUGUGUUCUGCAUGAUCCAGUUACCUAAUGAGACGGCUCUGGAGCGCUCAGAUGAACUGUAUGACCGUCGGCUUAUUGGCCUGAGUGUCAGGGGCAGGAGCGUUUCAGGACUUCAGGACCGAGUCAGCUUCACCAUAAACACGGAAACAAGCAUAGAUAAAACAAUGAAGCCCCAGUGUGUGUACCUGAACACCAGAGAGAAAAACUUCCGCACUUCAGGUUGUGAGACAAAGUGGGAUCAGAAUCACAUCACCUGCUCCUGUGAUCAUCUCACAUACUUUGGUGUGCUGAUGGUGUCUGCAGAUCUCUCCCCUGAAGACGAGGUGAUCCUGUCCUACAUUUCCUACAUUGGCUGCGGCAUCUCCCUGACCGCUCUGGUCAUCGCCGUUUUGCUCUUCAUCACAGACAGAAAACUCAGAGGAGACGAUUCCAAGAAGAUCCACAUCAGUCUGGCAGUCGCUCUGAUCCUCCUCAACGUUCACUUCCUGCCCAGCCAGGCGGCCGCAGCGUCGUCCUCCACCGCGCUUUGUCGUUACGUGGCUCUUCUUCUUCACUACUCCCUGCUGGCCUCUGUGACCUGGAUGGGCUUGGAGGGCUUCCACCUCUAUAUCUUAUUGGUCAAAGUCUUCAACGUCUAUGUGAAGAGAUACCUGCUGAAACUCAGCGUGGUGGGAUGGGGUCUUCCAGCGGUCAUUGUGACAGUAGUGGUGAUCACUGACCACAACAUGUACGGUCGUGCCACACUGGACCAGUCUAGGCCUAAUGAGACCGCAGUAUGCUACAUCACCGAUGACAAAGUGAAGAUGGGAACCACACUGGGCCUGUUCAGCACGGUGUUCAUCUUUAAUGGCAUCAUGUUUGGAGGGAUCGCAAAAUGGCUAAUGUGUGACAAACUUAGCAAACAGACUGCGCCGAAUAAGAAAAGCAAAGUGAAGCGAGAAGUUUUCACCCUGCUGGUUCUGAUGGUCCUGCUGGGACUCACCUGGGGUCUGAUCUUCUUCUCAUUCGGCCAGCUGACCACUCCUGGCCUCUACGUAUUCUGCAUUAUCAACUCCUUGCAAGGUGUCUUCAUCCUCAUUUAUUUUGUCUUGUCGAUGAAGAAGAUCAAAGCAUCUGCCUUCAAGCCGAGCUCUGAAACGUUCAGCACUAAAUCCUGAAGUCACAAAGGAAAUGUUUGCACUGUUUGUACGAUAAAAAUACCUUGGAUUGUGUUUUUAAAGAAAAUAAUGUGCAUUGAAGCAUUCUUUGCAGAUGAUAUUUUCAAAAAGAUAAAAAAAAUCAUCAAAACCUUCAUUUUAAUAAUACAUCACAGUGUUUUGCACAGGAAUACCUUCAUUUUUUAAAAGUCUUCAUAUAAAUAAAUCAUAUUCAGGCUUUAUUAAUUUCUUGAAAAUAUAUAAACAUUUUUAAAACACUAGAUUAUCUAUUAGCAAGCUUGGUUGUUGAGGGCCCAGCCAGCUCUCCAGUGACAGGAUCUUCAUGAGGAGAGAUGAGGUAGAAUCAGGACCACCAGAAAGGAUGG